AUGGCUGUCUUCGCACCAGAAACGCGGAAUGGGGUUGAACCCGUCGCCGUCAAUGGCGUGCCGGCCGCCUCAUAUGUAAACGGCAACGGCAACCUAGCCACCCGCCUUAAGUUGGAUCGCAAACAGUCGAGCCCUAUGAUGCCUGCUUUCAUGGUCUCUGCGCCCGGCAAGGUCAUUGUCGUUGGAGAACAUGCUGUGGUUCACGGCAAGGCUGCGAUUGCUGCUGCCAUCUCUUUGCGAUCAUACCUCCUCGUUACCUCCCUCUCUAAGUCAAGGAGAACGGUCUCGCUGCGCUUCCCAGACAUCGACCUGCAACAUACGUGGAACAUUGACGACCUUCCCUGGGAGACCUUCCAACACCCCGACAAGAAGAAGUACUACUACGACCUUGUAACGGAGCUUGAUCCAGAUCUUGUCGCAGCCAUCCAGCCACACCUCGCCGAGGUAUCACCACACAAGUCCGAAGAAGUGCGCAAAGUGCACCAAAAUUCUGCCUCGGCGUUCCUCUACAUCUUCCUCUCCUUGGGCCACCAGUCGUUCACGGGAUGCCUCUACACCUUGCGAUCGACGAUUCCCAUCGGCGCCGGUUUGGGCAGCAGCGCGUCGAUCGCUGUUUGCUUGGCCGCAGCUCUUCUUCUGCAGCUGCGCACGUUGUCGGGCCCACACCCGGAUCAACCCCCUGACGAGGCGCGGCUGCAAGUGGAGAGAAUAAACAGAUGGGCUUUUGUCUGCGAGAUGUGUAUACAUGGCAACCCUUCGGGUGUGGACAAUACCGUAUCAACACAGGGCAAAGCCGUGGUCUUCCAACGGACAGAUUAUAACAAGCCCCCUACGGUAAGGCCACUGUGGGAUUUCCCCGAACUGCCCCUCCUACUGGUCGAUACGAAGCAGGCCAAGUCAACAGCCUUCGAAGUGGCUAAGGUCGCCAUGCUCAAAAAGACGCACCCCGAGCUCGUUGGCAGCAUUCUGGACGCCAUCGACAAGGUCACAAUCGCAGCAGACACGCUCAUCGGAGGGGACAAGUUCGACAAAGAAGAGUCUGAAAGUCUUCGCAAGGUGGGAGAGCUUAUGACCAUCAACCACGGCUUGCUAGUAUCUUUGGGAGUUUCACACCCACGCCUCGAGCGGAUACGAGAGUUGGUGGACCACGAGGGUAUCGGUUGGACAAAGCUGACCGGCGCUGGCGGCGGCGGUUGUUCCAUCACAUUGCUCAAGCCCGAUGUAGACAAGGAGAAGCUUGUUCGACUAGAGGCCCAAUUGGAGGACGAGGGCUACGAAAAGUUCGAGACGACCCUUGGUGGUGACGGUGUUGGUGUGCUCUGGCCAGCCGUCCUCAAGAACGGAAUGGACGAGGACAAUGAUGGUGGUAUGGAAAUCGACCAGGAGAGCUUUCUGAAUGCCGACGGCAAUGAGGGCGUCGAGAAGCUGGUCGGUGUCCAUGGAGGCGUAGGGGAGCGCGAGGGGUGGAAGUUCUGGAGAGUCGAGAGCCGAUGA